CCUGCCGCGCGCCGCACGUAGACGUAGGUAGCUACGAUUCGAUUCGUGCUAGGAUUUAGUCGUCCUGUCGUCGCACCAGCAUUACUAGCAUUCAGCAACACCAAUGGCUGAGAAGAAGAUGCUUACGCUGAGGAGCUCCGACUGCGAGGAGUUCGAGGUGGAGGAGGCGGUGUUGAUGAAGUCAGAGAUCAUUCGCUUCAUGAUCGAGGACGACUGCGCCGACAACGUCAUCCCGCUCCCCAACGUGAAUUCCAAGACUCUCGCCCUGGUCAUCGAGUACUGCAACAAGCACGUCCACGCCGACGCCGCGGAGACCACCAGCGCCUCAUCAGCUGGGGGCGGCGGCGAGGUCGACCUCAAGAAGUGGGACGCGGAGUUCGUCAAGGUCGCGCCGGCGACGCUCUUCGACCUCAUCAUGGCUGCCAACUAUCUCGACAUCAAGGGGUUGCAGGGCCUGACCUGCCGGGCGGUGGUCGACAUGAUCCAGGGCAAGUCACCGGAGGAGAUCCGCAAGACCUUCAACAUCAAGAACGACUUAACCAAAGAGGAGGAGGAGGCGAUCCGUAGUGAGAACUCCUGGGCCUUCGACCCGCUCCCCGUCCGUAGUAGUGGACCGCGGUGGUUAACGUUACUGUUAGCUUUGAUCUCGAUGGCUAGUUUGCUCGUCUGCAGUUAUCUUCUGAUCUGAUACAUACAUUAAUAAGUAGUUCGU